UAAACCAAACAUAGCAAGCGAAAUGUCUUCUUCUUCUUCUCAAAUUGUUGAGCCAAGAACUAAAUGGCGGCGCUGGCGAUUUCGAUGGCGGUGCCGGUAAGAUGGGAUGGUACCGGACAGAAUUGCGAGAAUGGCCUGGAGCAGUGACCUGACGGCCGAAGAGGGUGAUGCGGUCGUUGGUGGCACUUUGGGACGACUGGACCCGGUGCUUUCUCGAUCUGCGAUUGGAGUGGGCGAAUCUGUGGCGUUGGCGGCGUGGACGACGUGAGGACGCUGAAAGUGGCACGGUUGAGAUGAUAGUGGGGGCGUGCCUGUUUGGCGGCAGUGGUUGAAGAAUCCGGUGAUGGGGAUUUGCCGAAGUAACACUGCUGACAGCUUGUGAAACCAAUAUCACUGCUUGAGGUGAGUAGUUUGCUGGGUUUGCCAAAAGAAUGGGUUUUGUGGGGACUGAAAUUUUUGGAAUCUGUAGUGAUAUGGGCUGUGAGUGUAGCAAAAUUGUUGUGUUAUUGGUGGGUUGCAGUGAUGGCUCGGUUGUGGGUAUCAACGGUGGUUGGAGUUUGGGCACUGAUGGUGUUUGGGUUUUGGGCUCUUUUGAGUAUUGAUCGGUAAUGGCGGCCGGUUGAGCGUGGGUAAUUGGGGUUUCUUGCGUUGCUGGGGUCCGUGGUCGAGUCUCUUGGGGUUGGUAAGUUGGGCUAAGGGAUAGAAAAUGGGUUUUCCUUUUUCUCUGCAGAGUUUCUUUGUUGAUAAGAGGGAGAAUCGUGAGGGAAUCGGGCUGUCAGGAUAGCUUCGCAGAUUCGUUUGAAGUUGAAGAACGGAGCGAAGUUUGUUUCGUGCUUUGGGGAUUGUGAAGGGAAAAAACUCAAAAGACAAGGGCAAUAUGAUCAAAGUGUGUGAGAUAUUGAAGUUGAAAAUUCGUAAUUUGCUGGUCAAUAUUGGCAACCGGUCAAAAGGUAAACACUAUCUGAGCACAACCUCGUUGUCAAACUAGGCCUAAAUAUCUCACCUACUUCCUAGACUUUAGUACUCCUGAAUCUUUCGAGUUCUGUUAAUUACCCCUAUUCAAGUUCAGUUUGAUCGUUAAUCUUAGCUCAAUCCCACGGACACGCAGCAAUCUUGUUGGUCAACCUAUACUCUUCAUCGGAAAAAACCACCAUGAAUCCAGCUAAAGAAUUAAUAUUGAAUACAUCAUUGCUUCUCUCCCUACUUGUUUUCCGAUUUUGCAUUUCCCUUGACACCAUUUCCCCGAACCAGCCCGUUAAAGACGGUGACAUCCUGGUUUCGAAAGGAAAAACCUUCGCACUUGGGUUUUUCAGCCCGGGAAACUCUGGCCGCCGCUACGUCGGAAUAUGGUAUAACGAAGUUCCUCAACAAACCGUUGUGUGGGUGGCAAACAGAGACAUCCCUCUCAAUGACACCUCCGGAGUCCUCUCCUUCAACGGCCACGGAAACCUCGCCCUUAACAGCCAAAACCGAAGCACCCCAAUCUGGUCUACAAACGCUUCAAUCUCAACCACAAACAAUUCUAUGGCUCAGCUCUUAGAUUCUGGGAAUCUUGUUUUGGUUCUACGACACAGCCAAAGGGUUACAUGGCAGAGCUUCGACUAUCCCACCAAUACUCAGCUUCCGUUGAUGAAACUUGGGCUGGACCGGCGGACCGGGUUCAGCCGAUACCUAACAUCUUGGAAGUCCGAAGAUGACCCGGGAACCGGAAGCUUCUCAUUGGGGAUUGACCCAAUUGGGUACCCACAAUGUGUCCUAAACAAGGACGGAACUCCAUCUUGGCGGGGUGGACCUUGGACCGGCCAAAGAUUUAGCGGUAUACCUGAAAUGAAUCAUAAUCCUGUUAUCAACAUCAGUUACGUGAAUAAUCAAGAUGAGCUCACGAGUGUGUAUAGUGUAACUGACCCUAGAGUUUUGAGUAGACUGGUGUUGAAUGAAUCAGGAAUCGUUGAUCGGUCCACGUGGCUCAAGGCUAGAUGGUAUGUGUUUUGGUAUGCUCCGAAAGAGUCGUGUGAUAUGUACGAAGAGUGCGGUCCAAAUAGUUACUGCGACCCGUACAAUCCAGACAAGUUCCAGUGCACAUGCUUACCUGGGUUUGAACCCAAUUCGACCCGUGAUUGGUACUUGAGAGAUGGGUCGGGCGGGUGUGUGAGGAGGCGGGGAGUAUCUGCAUGCCGCAGUGGAGAAGGGUUUGUGAAGUUGGCACGUGUGAAGUUACCGGAUACUUCAAUAGCACAUGCGGACAUGACUAUGAGUUUGGAGGAGUGUAGGCAGGAGUGCUUGAGGAAUUGUUCUUGUACGGCUUACACCAGUGCAGACGAGACAAGGGGAGGGAUUGGGUGCUUGGCAUGGCACGGGGAUUUGGUGGACACUAGAGUCUACUCCAAUGCAGGACAAGAAUUAUAUAUACGUGUGGAUGCAGUUGUGCUAGCUCAAUAUUCAAAGAAAAAAGGCCUUAUUAGGAGCAAGAAGAUAUUGGCAGUUCUUAUAGUUUCUGUUGCUGUAAUGUUGCUUCUUUUGGUCUCCAUUGGAUAUUGGCUGGUAAUGAAGAACAAAAGAGGAAGAGGAAGCAGGGAAAGCAAAAAUCUGUUUAGACCUACCUCAAGUUCAACAUACCUUCAAGAACCUCCAAGUAGUAUAAGGGAGCUCGAUGAAAGUUCAAGAAGUUCAGAUUUACCAUUCUUUGAUCUAAGUAUCAUAGUUGCAGCCACAGAUAAUUUCUCUGAUGCUAACAAGCUUGGAGAAGGAGGUUUUGGCUCAGUUUAUAAGGGUCUCUUAGAUAAUCAGAAGGAAAUUGCAGUGAAAAGACUUUCAAAGAAUUCCGGACAAGGAGUUGAAGAAUUCAAAAAUGAAGUUACAAUAAUUGCUAAACUCCAACAUAGGAACCUUGUGAGGAUUCUAGGUUAUUGUGUUCAUCGAGAAGAGAAGAUGUUAAUCUAUGAGUACUUGCCAAACAAAAGCUUGGACUUUUUCAUUUUUCAUGAAACAAAAAGGUCAUUGAUAGAUUGGGGAAGACGCUUUGAAAUUAUUUGUGGAGUUGCUCGAGGGCUCUUAUAUCUUCAUCAAGACUCAAGAUUAAGAAUUAUUCAUAGAGACUUAAAGGCUAGCAAUGUUCUACUUGACAAUGCAUUAAAUCCAAAAAUUGCAGAUUUUGGUAUGGCUAGAAUCGUUGGAGGGGACCAAAUUGAAGCAAAUACAAAUCGCGUCGUUGGAACCUAUGGUUAUAUGUCACCGGAGUAUGCAAUGCAAGGGCUAUUUUCAGUGAAGUCUGAUGUAUAUAGCUUUGGGGUUUUGUUGCUGGAGAUCAUUACUGGCAAAAAGAAUAGUGCUUAUUAUAAUGAUGGUCCCUCCUUAAAUUUGAUUGGGCAUGUUUGGGACCUAUGGAGAGAAGAUAAAGCCAUGGAAAUAGUUGAUUCAUUACUGGGUGAGCAAUAUGCUAAUGAAAUUUCGAGAUGUAUUCAAAUUGGGCUUUUGUGCGUGCAAGAACAUGCAACAGAUAGGCCGACCAUGUCAACAGUUGUUUGGAUGUUGGGUAAUGACACAACUCUUGCUUAUCCAAAACAACCUGCAUUUAUCUCGAAGAACACUUACAAUAGUAGAGAUAGAUUAAUUAGUGAAGGAGCUAGUUCUGUAAAUGAAGUAACAAUUACUAUGAUUAAUGCUCGCUAACCAUAUAUAGGCUGUUAGGUUCAGUGCACCAAUAUGUUAUUACAGCAUAUGAUUAACUUCUUGGAUGUAGCAUAACUAUAACUUUGCACACUGUUAAGUUGAAAAAGGUAGGCUUCUUGCAUUUAUGA